UGGCAGGGGGCGCCGGCGCCCUCCGCAGUGCGGCAAGGGGCGAGAGGUCGCGUGGGACUCCGGGUGGACAGACGCGCGGUGUGGACCCUGGGGACGGGGGUCCCACCGUCCGGUUUCUGUUUAGGGCUAGGGGUCCCUUUGCUUCCUUGUCAAGCGUUUCAGUCAAAUUCCAGGUGUGGGAACGCUGCUGAUAGUUCCCACCCGGUGUUCUAGGUGGUGAGUGUGGGAAAGAUGGCCUGUGAUGGAGGCCCGGCCUGGGUUGGCAGCAUCACUUUGGUGUCCCUCCCAGUCCUCAGGCCGACCAAAAGUGCGGAGUGAGUUUGUGGUGGAGGGAGAUGGGCGUUAGCUGGGCCGGGCUCUGUGCUAGCUAGGCGGAAAGCCUUUUUUGGCUUGAUUUGGAAUUGUCCAUAGUUGGUGUUAGGAGCAAGGCAAGACCCCUUUGGACUAAGAAGGCUAACGAGUGAUGAAGCCCUCGUGCUGAUGCUUUAAGAGAAAUGUAGGGUUUGGUUUCACUGGGACGUCCUAGUGGGAUUUGAAUUUUUGUACCUAGAAGUUGAGUUGCUUACCAUGUAGACUGUGGGUCAAUAUCUGCAAGGAUUGACAUUUUGGGAUGAAAAAGUUCUAGAGCUUUCUAUCCCUGUGGUAGUAAUCUGAGUACAAUUCCUGUAAUGAGAUGUGAGAUGUUUGUUUUACAGUUGUGCUGUCCUUGGGUUAGGUAUGCUAUUAUCGCCUGAGCUUUUGUCCUUGUAAUUUAAUUCUUUGUUACAAGAGUGUCAUUUGGAAGAGGGAUGUUAUUAAAUGCCCUCAAAGACUAGUAUUUUUGUCUGUUUGCUAGGCUUGGUGAUAGCAGUGCUGUUACAUUUGGGAGAAGCUGUUACACUUCUUGGACAUUUUACUUAGCUUCCUAAGCAGGCCUAAGUAGUGAAAUUUACAGAACUGUGUUACCAGUUCUUUUUAUUGAGUUAACUAGGUUUAGAGUGUCAUGUAUGCAGAGAAUAUUUUUACAAACUAUACUGCUACAGUUUCAGUAUUAUGCACUUACUAAAUAGUUAUCAUUUGUCUCUGGCAGGUUGGUGAGAAGCAAAUGAAACUGUGAAUAUAGACUGUGGAUGAAAGCAAACUGGUGCACUGUGUAAAUUAAUAUGUUAUCCUUUACCUAUCAGUAAUGAGUGGUAUUUAUCAGGGAUGAAGAAAUUACAUGCAUUGGGGCUAACUCUCAGGAACUUGAUGAGUUUCCAAAUGAAAUACUGCUUCUGCAUUGAUAGGAGACUUUUAAAGUUAUCAGCUUGCAUCAGCUAAUAGUAUUGUUCACAUAUAGACUACAGGGUUGAGGGGUGUGUGACUGUGUUGUACUGCGAUCAGUUUCUGAUGAAGAACAAUCAGUAGUAUAUGUUCCAGGAGUUUCUACAGAAGGAAAUAUGAGAUCAAGACACAAAUUGCUAAAUCCAAGAGCUGAUGCUAAAGUUAAGACCCCCAGGGUGACUGAUGCUUCGGUUUCUGUGGAAUCUUUAAAAGGUGCAGGAGAUUCACUAGAUGAACAGAAUUUCUGCAAGGAGGGAAUCAAGAGUGCAUCAUUGAAGGAUUUGUGUCUUGAAGAUAAAAGACGCAUUGCAAACUUAAUUAAAGAAUUGGCUAGAGUAAGUGAAGAGAAAGAAGUGACUGAAGAACGACUGAAAGCUGAGCAGGAAUCAUUUGAAAAGAAGAUCAGGCAGUUGGAAGAACAGAAUGAACUGAUCAUAAAAGAAAGGGAAGCUCUUCAGCUACAGUAUAGAGAAUGUCAGGAACUUCUAAGUCUCUAUCAGAAAUACUUGUCAGAACAGCAGGAGAAACUCACCAUGUCUCUCUCAGAACUUGGUACUGCUAGGAUGCAAGAGCAACAGAUAACCAAUAGGAAAAAUGCUCUGCAGUCUUCAUCUGUGGAAUUGGAUGGCUCCUACUUGAGUGUAGCCAAACCACAAACCUACUGUCAAACCAAGCAAAGGCCCAAGUCUGCGAACCAGGACUUAGCUUCAGAAUCUUUUAUGGCAUUCGGGAAUAAUUCUUUGAAAUCAGCAACCCUUUCUCAACCCAAAGGAGGUCUGGAGAGGCUGCCAAGAGAAAUAACAACAUGUAAUUAUGAAUCUCCAGGGAGAAAACCACUGAUUGCAGCACCAACAGAAAUAGCUCCACUAGAAGAACUGAAGAUUAAGGAAUGUCCAAACCUUAAGCCUACUCCAUCUAAACAAUGCUGUGAUCACAGACUUUCUGAAAAUAAAGAUCAUGUUCAUGAGCUCCAUCCUACAAACCUGGCCUUUCAGUAUUCUAAGACACAUCCAGAAUCAUGCAGUCAUUGUGGGAUUUCUUGGGCAUCUGACAUGUACAAUAAAGGAGCACCACAACCCAAUGAAACCGAAGUGAAAAAGCAUCUCUCAGAAGACAGACGGCAACAACUGAUACUUCAAAAAAUGGAGCUAGAAAUUGAAAAAGAACGCCUUCAGCAUCUGCUAGCUCAGCAGGAGACAAAGCUACUACUGAAACAGCAGCAACUUAAUCAGUCUCGACUGGAUUAUAAUUGGCUAAAAUCUCAAGCUGUACUUAAACCAAAGGAACUGGUUGCAGACAAAGAAUUUUUUAAACCUCGAGAGCGCAGUUUGGAUAUAAAUGAGAAUGACUCCAGACCAAGUUUAUUAAAGUCAAAAUGUAAUGGAUGGCUUCCCAGAACUUCAUCAUCCUUUAAAAAAUACCAACACUCCCCAAAUAGUGGAGAGAAUAAGAAGGAGAAAAAGACCAUUGGGUUUCAGUCACAUACAGAAGAUGAUGCCAAGUGGAUGUGUCAAAAGAAAGAUACAUGUGGCCCCCAGAGGGGAAUUGUGUCAGAAGUUAGAAAAGAUGCAUCUACAUCACCUAUACCAACAGGAAGCCAAAAGGAUCUUGAAAUCAAGACCUCAUCAUCUUUCCAAUACAACACCCCACGGUACGAGACAUCUUUGUUGGAUUUGGUUCAGUCUCUGAGCCCGAACUCUGCUUCCAAACCUGAGCCUCAUCUCUCCAGAGAAGCUGGAACUUGGAAUCACAGUACUCUCCGACUUAGUCCUCAGAAAUCAACAUGGAAGAAGAUGGGAGCCUGCAGGACCCCUGAAGAUCUGGAGGAGAAACAAAUACUGGAAGACAUAUUUUUCAUUUGACUUGAAACACAGGCUACAAAUUUUUCAUAGGAAAUUUUCAGAUUUCUUCACAUACUGAUCUAGGAUGUUAAAUUAUUUAACUGCAAAGUAAUUGUGUCCUUUUUCAGGAACCUAUCUCACUGGCAUCUUGUUAUGUUUGAAUAUAGAAAUCAUUCUAACAACCUAAGAUGUUUCUGAUCAGCCCAAUCAGUAAAGAACACAUUAAAGGGAGAUGGGCUGGCAGAUGGGUAUCUUUUUUUUUUUUUUUUAAGCCAGAGAUUAGAACUAUUCUUACUUUCUACAGAGUAGACACCAUUGCAUAUCCAGCACCACUUCAGUUUUCUUUCUCAGUGUUUUGCUGGAAAACAGUUGGCUUUCUUUUGUGCAUAAGCAAAACCUACCCACUGGUAGAUCCCUCAAAUAUAAAAGUAGCCUUUUUGUAACACAAAUGAUUUCAGAAAGUUUCAUCAUCAUCCUGUUCUCUCACGACCACUUUGAUCUGAGUGUCAUCACUUAAUUCUGAAGUUAGAGUUGGUGCCCUUACUAUUGUAAGCAACACUGAGGACCAGCCGUGAGUGAGUCUUGCAGUGGUAAUCAGCUGGAUGGUUCCCCAUCCAUAAGCAAAAGGCUCUAUAGGCUGGAGGAAGGGCCAGACAAAUCCUUGGAAACAAGCACCAUUGAAUCAUAUGGAAUGAUUGCCUGGGAAAGUGCACUGGAGAGAUAAGCCUGGAACAUUUCCCUAUCAAUUUUCAGGUGAUUAUUUCUCCAUGUUCUGAGAAUACAUAAGAGCAAGCUCUAGGAAGUAUUUGUUCAUCUGUGAGCAUCUGUGCUCUUGAAGUUCUCAUGGUUGUGUCUGGGGAAGUAUCACUAAAGAAACUCUGUCCUUUCCUUCCUCCCUCUUGGUGAGGAUGAAAGGCCCUUGCUGGCCAGGCCCUGGCAUGCUCUGUCUAGAAAAGCCAUGUCGAGCAACCUUCUUUCCUUGUCAAAGAUCUGAAUCUCCUUUCUUUUCAGAUUGAACCUGGCCCUGUUGCUGUACUCAGGCUUCAUUUGAAUCUUUUUGUUUUGUUUCAAAGACAGAAAAGGGAACCUUCCAGUAUCAUAUUCUUAAUCUGAGGUGAAUACAAGGUCAUGACUAACUAGUUGUAGACCCUCCCUUGAAAACUUGAAAAUCAUUGCAGAUUAUAUUUUCUAUUAAAGUUUACCCCUGUGAGAGUAACCAAAUCAGUCUCAUCCCAUUUUGCCUUUGGAAUCCUGUGCUUUCAUUGCUGUGGCGGAAAUGUCUGCAGACUUAGAGCCGUCAGUCAUUUUCUCAAAAUUAGGUUUCCAGAACUGCCCCUUGUGCCCAUGUGUCACAGCCAGCUCAAGUAUACCUUUCUAGUGUGGAUCAGCCAUAACCAUAGACACAGUCCUUCCUGCUCUCUGGAGGGAAGGGAUCCAGGAGAAUCAAGUCAAAGGUUAUAAUUUCUUUAAGAGCCUGUUUGCCUUUACAAGAAUCAUAACCUAAAAACUGAAGGCUUUUGAGGCAGUCGCAUGCCAGCAAAUGGAGUUUAUUUCUUUAUACCACCCUCCCAAAAGGGUAGUUUAGAGGGGAAAAGAAGAAUUUCAGUCAACAGUAGUUCUUGUAUGUCCCCCCCACACACACCAGUUGCCUUUCUCUGUCCUGUAGACAUUAUGUCCAUGUUGGUGUGCGGUCAAUUGGACGUGAAUUUGUACAUAAUCUAGUGUCUUCACUAUUUGAACAAUAUAUAUUAACAAUGUAAUCUGUAUGAAAUUUACUUUGAAUAUAUAUGUUGUUGCAGAGCCUGGAAGCUUAAUCUGAUUGCAUAUUGUUCCACCAAGAAAGGAAUUGAGUGCUCCCAAUAGCACCUGGUUGGGAUUUGCUUACCUGACACUUAGAUAGUUUAUCAAAAGCAAGACCGGACGUAUAUUGAGGUUGCCACAUGCUACAGCAUUGUUUACCAUAUAAGAGAAAAACAAUCAGUGCUUAUAAAAUGCAAGAGUCUGUCCAUUGAAACCCCCUAAGUAAAUCCCACAGUAUAUGAUUUUUAAAAAUCAAAGUUGGUCAUAAAAACCUGUGAUGACAUCAGUCUUCCAGGAGGCACACUUGUGUUUAUCCAAACCUGAACUCAGAAUGGGGACUUACCCAGAGCACCCCAAAUGGUAUGUGGGAGGGACUUCCCCCUCCUGCACAGCCACUCUUUUCACUUGUCCCUGCUUCCAACAUCAGGAAGCAUCCUGAAGAUUUGCUGGCCAGAAACUGGGAAAUGGAAAAGCCUAAAGGAGCAGAGCUGAGUGCAAUCUGCUGAGAGAAGUAGAGGCUCUGGCUUUCUGUGAUUCUUAAUGUGGGCAAAUAUUUAUACGUGUAUGAAAUUUUAAGUAAAUAAAUUAUGACAAUUUUCCCCAUGUA